GCAAGGUGUUCUAUGUGAAGUCCCAAGAGAUUCUUGGCUGCAGUCCAGUUUCACAGCUGCAUUAAGCACUUCCUGUUGAGAUGUAGACGUUGCUACACGACAUGUCGCCGGAAUCAUUCCGUUCUUAAGGUGGAUAUCAUUUCAUACAGCUUCUUGAUCUCGAGUGGUCACUUUGGAGAGAACUCCAAGAGGAUUGUCGCUUGGAGUGUGAGAUACGAAGAGCAGAAAUGAUGACGGGAGGGCGGCAAUGGCUAAUGUUUACAAAUCUCCUCCCGUGGGUUGUGAUAUCCUUGCUGAGUUCUUGGGGCGUACCGACUAAAGCAAUCUCUUUACCUGACGAGGUGCGCAUCCUCGUGAACCUCAAAGCGGGGUUCGUGAAUGGUGAAGAGGAGCUACAUGACUGGGACGUUGAAAGCCAAUCUCCUUGUGGGUGGAUGGGUGUGAACUGCAACAAUGUUACCUUCGAAGUAGUUGCACUGAAUUUGUCGGAACUAGCUCUUGGAGGAGAAAUCUCCCCGUCGAUAGGACUCUUGGGGAGCCUUCAAAUCUUAGAUCUCAGCGGGAACAACAUUUCCGGGCAAAUUCCAGUUGAAAUCUGUAACUGCACAAGCUUGACACAUUUAGAUUUGUCCUCGAAUAAUCUAGGCGGCGAGAUCCCAUAUCUCUUAUCACAGUUGCAGUUGCUUGAAGUCUUGAAUUUGAGGAAUAAUAGACUCUCGGGACCUAUUCCGUCCUCAUUUGCAGGGCUUUCAAAUUUGAGGCACUUGGACAUGCAGUUCAAUAGUCUAUCGGGUCCCAUACCUCCUUUACUCUACUGGAGUGAAACUUUACAGUAUUUAAUGUUGAAGUCGAACCAGCUCACAGGAGGCUUGUCUGAUGACAUGUGCAAAUUGACGCAGCUCGCCUAUUUCAAUGUCCGUGACAACAAAUUAGCGGGACCACUACCAGCUGGCAUUGGAAACUGCACGUCCUUUCAGAUAUUGGACUUGAGCUACAACAGCUUUUCCGGAGAGAUACCGUAUAAUAUAGGUUACUUACAAGUCAGCACCUUGUCACUGGAGGCGAACCAACUUACUGGUGGAAUCCCUGAUGUUUUGGGCCUGAUGCAAGCCCUUGUUAUACUUGACUUAAGCAACAACAAGCUUGAAGGCCAAAUUCCUCCGAUACUUGGGAAUCUAACUUCCCUCACGAAACUAUAUCUCUACAAUAACAAUAUCUCGGGACCUAUACCAGUUGAAUUUGGAAAUAUGUCGCGACUAAAUUACCUAGAAUUGAGCGGCAACCGUUUAACAGGAGAGAUACCAUCCGAAUUGAGCUACCUUACAGGUCUAUUCGAACUAGAUUUGUCAAAUAAUCAGCUCUCGGGGACCAUUCCAGAGAAUAUCAGUUCACUGGCUGCUCUGAAUCUUCUAAACCUACACGGAAACCAGCUCAAUGGAAGCAUUUCUCCUGCACUUCAGCAGCUAACAAACCUCACCCUUCUAAAUCUAGCAUCCAACAAUUUCACAGGCAGUGUGCCGGAGGAAAUUGGAAUGAUAGUCAACCUUGAUAUAUUGAAUUUAUCAAGAAACAGUCUGAGUGGACAAAUACCUUCUUCAAUAUCUAAUCUUGAGCAUCUCCUCAGCAUAGAUCUACACGACAACAAAUUGAAUGGGACUAUUCCAAUGGCUCUUGGAAACCUGAAGAGUCUCGGCUUUCUUGAUUUGUCGCAAAACCACCUGCAAGGACCUAUUCCUUUAGAGUUGGGCCAACUUCUAGAACUGUCCUACCUGAAUAUAUCUUACAAUCAUCUCUCGGGCACUAUUCCCCGAAAUCAGGUGUUUUCAAGAUUUCCAACCAGCAGCUAUUUUGGGAAUCCGCUACUGUGCCUAAAUUCCACUUUCUCUUGUGGACUGAACCCUCAGCAGCCUCGAGAAGCUACAUCACAACGUCCAGGUGCUCUUGGACCAUCAGCUACAUGGGGUAUUACGAUAUCAGCGCUUAUCUUGCUCGCCCUCCUUACCAUUGUGGGCAUUCGGUAUGCUCAACCACAUGUCUUUUUGAAAGCAUCCAACAAAACUGUUCAAGGCCCGCCAAGUUUUGUGAUAUUUCACCUCGGCAUGGCUCCACAAUCUUACGAGGAGAUGAUGCGAAUAACUGAAAAUCUUAGCGAGAAGUACGUGAUAGGGCGAGGCGGUUCAAGCACAGUUUACAGGUGUAGCCUCAAGAACGGUCAUCCUAUUGCAAUCAAGAAGUUGUACAACCAAUUUUCACAAAAUGUUCACGAAUUCGAGACAGAGUUGAGGACAUUAGGAAACAUCAAGCAUCGAAAUCUCGUCACUCUGCGAGGCUUCUCCAUGUCCUCCAUAGGAAACUUUCUCUUCUAUGAUUACAUGGAAAAUGGAAGUCUAUACGAUCAUCUCCACGGCCAUGUGAAGAACAAGUUGGACUGGAACACAAGGCUGAAGAUCGCAUCAGGAGCAGCACAGGGACUUGCUUACCUUCACAAAGACUGCAAACCCCAAGUUGUGCACCGUGACGUAAAAUCAUGCAACAUACUCUUGGAUGUAGACAUGGAGCCACACGUCGCCGACUUCGGCAUUGCAAAGAACAUCCAGCCAGCCAGAACGCACACGUCCACUCACGUUCUGGGUACAAUUGGGUAUAUAGACCCCGAGUAUGCCCAGACGUCUCGCUUGAAUGAAAAAUCAGACGUCUACAGCUUCGGCAUCGUUCUUCUGGAAAUUCUGGCCAACAAGAAAGCAGUCGAUGACGAAGUGAAUCUCCUAGACUGGGUCAUGUCUCAACUGGAGGGCAAAACCAUGCAGGAUGUAAUCGAUCCCCACGUCAGAGCCACAUGCAAAGAUGUAGACGCUCUGGAGAAGACUCUCAAGCUGGCCCUUCUGUGCUCCAAGCUCAAUCCUUCGCAUCGUCCAUCGAUGUACGAUGUCUCGCAGGUGCUGCUCUCUCUUCUGCCACCACAAUCCUCGGAUGAUUUCCCUUCUUCGAAACCAUACCCUCCUUCGAAUCAGCGACGCUACGUCGACAUGUACAGCAGCAAGCAGACCGAAGCAAUUUCUCUCAGCAACAGCUCAUCUGGCGACACCCUUCUUUACCAGUUCAAAGAGGUCAUCUCUGGAAAAAUGCCCUAGGCUCCGGACCCGAAUUCGCGGCGCAAAACUCACCACGACUACUAAUUAAUCGGAAAUCACAAGGUCGGAUUUGAAUCAUACUCAGUUCGGCACCGCCCUAACGUCAUCCACAGUAGGUUAACCUACCUGGGUGCCCUCAGAAAAAAAAAAAAAAAAAAAAAAAAAAAACACCUUGAAGACACGCCAGUGCUCAAACAGCCCAAAAUUUUUGCCCUGCCAGAUAACCAGCGGCAAGGAGAGCUUCGGACCCGAUUCGCAAGUCGUGAAAAGCAGUCGAUCCAGACUGACUGGUGCCACUUCAUGAGCAGCAUUUGGAGCCAGUGGUGGUGCUUCCAGCAUGCUUUGUAGCAUAGUUCUCUUUUUAGCAUAGGAAUUGCUGAGGCAGGGAAAAGACACAUCUAUCUAUAGAGAGAAAGAGCAAGCCAGAUCGGUCCUUUUUUUCUGAGCCUAAUUUUAGGUCGCAUCCAAAGAGGAUGAACGCCAUGGAACUUUAGAGGACCUUUUGGUACCUGCUCUGUUGUAAUUAUACUGACCACCCUCUCUCGUUUUCCAGUCCAAA